GCGGUCGGCAGCCACGGUGGGCACUGUCCGAACCACAUACUCACCCCCAUCCCUUUCCAAGUCGAUCUCGUCAUCCCCUACUAAACCGAAAGCCUCGAUCUGACCACACAACCUGAAGACGACCUCUCGACGACCUCCGUGAUGGCCUAUUUCUUUGCAUCAACCUUGGAUGUGGACGUCAAGCUGGAAGGAGAGGAGCAGCGGAAGCAGGUGGAGAUAAAAGGCGAGAAGGAGAAGAUGACCUCGUGUCCGGUGUACUAUGAUGGGGAUUCUAUCAGUGGCCAGGUAACAAUACGCGUUCGGGACGGGAAGCGGGUGACGCACGAUGGGAUCAAGGUCGAGUUUGUAGGGAGCAUCGAGCUGUUCUAUGACCGAGGACACCAUCACGAGUUCCUCUCCUUAUCACAAGAACUCGCGGCGCCGGGCGAACUGCGGCAAGCGCAGACGUAUGAUUUCAUGUUCAAAAAUGUGGAGAAACAGUUUGAGAGUUACCAGGGUAUCAAUGUCAAGCUCAGGUACUUCGUACGGGUGACGGUGUCACGAAGGAUGGCGGACGUCUUGAAGGAGAAAGACUUGUGGGUGCACUCGUUUCGGAUGCCGCCCGAGAGCAACAAUUCCAUUAAGAUGGAGGUCGGCAUCGAGGACUGUCUGCACAUCGAGUUCGAGUACAAUAAGUCCAAGUACCACCUAAAGGAUGUUAUCGUCGGCAAGAUCUACUUCCUCCUCGUCCGCAUCAAAAUCAAGCACAUGGAGCUGUCGAUCAUCCGGAGAGAAACGACGGGUGCACCACCAAACCAAUAUAACGAGAGCGAAACAAUCACCAAGUUCGAGAUUAUGGAUGGUGCUCCUGUGCGAGGCGAAACUAUACCGAUCCGCCUUUUCCUUGGUGGUUUCGACAUGACGCCCACGUUCCGAGAAGUGAACAAGAAAUUUAGCACUAGGUACUACCUCAACCUGGUGCUUAUUGACGAAGAGAAUCGUCGGUAUUUCAAGCAGCAGGAAAUCACCAUAUUCAGAAUACCAGAGAACUAAGCGCUUCUUCCUGUGGACCUUUGUAUCUAAUGUAUUGUUGUGUUUUUAUCGGGAUUCCAUAUCCACUCCUUUGAGCUC